GUACAAUGACCCCCUUCUGUUUGCGCGUCGCACGGUGGGACCACGUUGGACAUCCAUGUUAUUUCGGACACCCCAGUCCUCGGAUAUAACAUAUUUCAGCGGAUUGGGAAGGACGUGGUGGAAGGGGUAGGUUGCCAGGUAUGGCGCGAGCGCACCUGGCUUGUCAUGCCCCGCCUCUCCUCUGUCCCCCCCUCUCUCACUUCCUGCUUCGAAUGCCAGCUCUCUUACGCAGCCGAUUCGGCCCAAGCGCCUUGCCCAUUGUCGUUGGAUUUGCGCGCGUCCAGCGGAAUGGAAACGUCAGUUGCGGCAGCGCUGUGGAACACCGCGCGGUCGCGCAGGCUGGCGCGGGACUGCCUCCUGCACCCCUUCGUGCAGGGGCUGGCUGCUGGAACGCUGCCCGCCGACGCAUUCAAGCGCUACGUGGCGCAGGAUGCCUACUUCCUGGACGCGUUCCGGCAGGCAUACGUCGCCGCGCGGGGAUGCGCCGAGGGCGCUGGCCUUGCCGAGGCCGGGCAGCGCUUCGCGAAGCUCUGCUCGGGCGUCGACGAGGAGCUGCAGAUGCACCGGUCC